AUGGAACACCGGCGCAACCGAAGCCUCGACAGUGACAGUCCGACCUCACCCAUCUCACGGUCUGGCAGCGCUCGCUUCCGCUCCCCCCUCUCCCUGCUCCGUCGCCAGGUCGCCGCCUUCCCUGUCGAGGGAUCCAGAUCCAACGAUGGCGAGAAACCGCUCCCCCUCAACCCCUUUGACCCACUGGCCGUUCGCACACCAUACCGUAAUCGCAGCUCGCGCGCGACCGCCGUCCAAGUCCAUGCGCCUAGUCACAUUUCCUCCUGUGCUGCUAGCCUCAGCGACCUCAACAGCGACAGCGACAGCGAAGAUACCAUACUCGACAGCUACCCCACCGCACCCUACGCCGCCGCACCGCUUAGACGGGUGUGGUCGGCGCCCGAUAUCGAGUGGCCCACCGCCAAGGCCGGCACCCUAGAUGUUGAGGACGAGGGCGAGGAUAUCACGUCGUUCAGCACAUCACAUGGGCGACCACUUGCGAUCCGUCAGUCGACCGAAGUUGGCCCGUUCCUCCGAUCUCCCUCUCUCAUCCGCCAACCUACCAGGCGCACGCCCACACCCGCGCCCACACCCACGCCCACGCCCACGUCCACGCCCGUCACCUUGCCGGUGCCGGUACCCACACCCCCACCGAAGCAUAUCGCGCACAUCAUCGCGCCCUCGCCGAUCUCUCCAACUUCCGCCCGCCCUCGGCCCUUGUCCCUCGUCGGCCUCCCAGUCGAGAUCGAAGUUCCCGUCCUCCCGCGCAGCGAACCAUCACCUCUCCGGCGCUCACACGCAAUUUCGCGCCGCCCUUCACCGACGAUGCAAGCGAGCGACCAAGAGUGUUCGGUCGCACAAACAGCUCGCCCACAGUCCGUAUCACUCACCGCUAACCCCCGAACGGUCUCCGCUUCCCGCAAGGGGCACACGUACUCCCAGAGCCUGUCCGUCCAUAGCUCCGGGCCAAUUGUAAGCAACUCGCCCCAUCCGGGCGCUCACAAAAGCCUUCCACCGCCGGCCCCGCACGCCCAGACGUUCUUUCCGCGCCGGUAUUCUUACACGAUGUUGGAACGUAGUGCUGCAGAGCAGAGCCAUCGCCCUGGGCCGUCACCCAUGGCGAUGCGCUCAGCUACGGCUGCGGCGGUGGUGUGGGCGGCCAGCGAAGCGGCAACGUAUACUCACGUGCUGCUGCGUGCGAGUGCGUUGGCGCAGCACCUCGCCGACCGCAGAGUUAAGAGCGCAACGGUCUGCGCGAUGCUUGCGUUUCUGAACGCCAGACCCGACGAUCCGUGGCAGUUGUCUGUGCUGCUCAACGGCUUGCAAUGGGCACUGUUGGAGGACGGCAUCGUAGGCGGACUCGGGAGCCUUCUCGACCGUCUCCUUUUCCAUCUCUCGGCAGCCCGCGGCUUCUCGAAACUCUUCACCACCCACUUCAUAAUGCGGCGAACCUGCACCUUGUGCGGUGCAGAUACGCAUUCCACCACCAUAGCCUGGGCGGCUCCCUACAUUGACGCCUCGGUCACGGGUGUACGUCCCAUCGACGCCGUGUGUCGAACGUGCGGGACCACGGCACACUUUGAGCGGUGGGGGCCAGCCGCACACAGGCCACUCCUCCUCAUCGAGCCUAACAAGUACGUGAUUGAGAAGAUGGUCGAUCGUGGAGCUGGGGUCGAGUGGGCGUUGGUGGGGGCUGCGGUCCCCGUCGAUCGGGGGUUGGGGUUCAUCGCGAUGGAGGGUCCGUGGACACUCUUCAAGGGGGCAGAGCGUGUGGCGGUCGACUUGAGGCAGCCGGUGCCGAGCGUGUUUGCUCUGUACCAGCGGGUCACCGUGUAG